AUGGCCCCCCCAACAAAAUAUAAAACUGCGGCUGCUAAGCUCGAGGCAAUGAGAGCCAAGCGCACACGGUACUACGCCAGGUGCCGUGAGAUGAUCCUCGCGAAGAGGAGGGAGAGAUACCAUGCUAACAAAAACCGUCAAGGGGACGGUGAUAGCAGCAAUGACGAGUGCACGGAUGACCAUUCAGAUGAUCACCACGAAUCACUAGAGACAUUGGCUGAUUGCAUUGCCGUGGUCAAAUACGCUAAGGACGACUUCAUGCAACAUGUUCGAUCGCCGCGAACCUUCACCUUGGGCGUCUUCGCCGAAUACACCAAAUCUAUUCCGGACGCUCCUGGAGGCCACGGGGAUCGAGAAAUCCUCAAACGUGCCAUGUUGAGUAUUGAGGACUUCCUCAAGAGAGCUACUCGAGGGCAAGAUGGCAUCCUUCAACUAUGCAGGGUUUGUGAUGAGUGGCGUGCUGCAGACCAAGUUUGCCGGAGCAUGAGGGACACCAUUGCCAUGGUGGAAGACAUUUACUGUCAUGCGCUAAGUGACGGAGAUGCUGAGUUAGCCGUCGAGCCCCUUCAGUGACAAAUUCCGUAUUAUACGGGCCACCCGACCUACAUAAUAUCCCGUAUGAGACGGGCCAGCGGAUUAUGGGCCCAUGUUGUGUAUAUUCUCGAUGAUGACAGAUGGGCCGGGACACAUAUUAUUUCCGAUGGAGACGGGUGGGCCCAUGUAUGCCAAUGAUAUAUAUAUCCUUGAUGUUGACGGAUGGGCCGGGGGAAUAUGAUCAU